CUGACCGCCCGCUCCCCCCAGGUGCGCGCCGGCUGCGGCCGCACAAAGCGGGCGGGAGCGAUGCAGAGCUGAGCAGCUGCGGGGUCGCCUGCAGCCCUUGCCCUCCUCCGCCGAGCCGGACCCCGGCCAGGUGCAUGGGCAGCCGGGCACUGCCGCCGCCGCCGCCGCUGCUGCUGCGGGGCUCCGCGUCCCCAGGGCACCUGUCCAGAUACUGAUUUUGGGUUGAUCUGCUCACAGCCGAACUUUGUGCAAGCUUCUGGAACAAAGAGGAACAGUAAAGAGACUUCCGAUCGUUUCCUGUCUUUAGGAAACUUUUAAAAACAUCUAUCUUUUGGAUGUCCAAACAUUUCAAGCUGAAGUUUAAGUUUUAUAUUUUCUGCUUGAUAACCAAUUAUAUAUUCACUAUAUUUCUAUCUUAAGGGGCUGGCAGUUGACCUUACCAGCUAACCAGCAUGGCUAGGAUUAGAUUUGUUUUAACAGUUUUCCAGUUGGUGCUAGAAUUGCUGAUGAAUUCAUUAACGGAGUCUUCCAUACAGAAUAAUGAAUGUCCGCAGCUUUGUGUAUGCGAAAUCAGGCCAUGGUUUACACCACAGUCAACCUACAGAGAAGCUACAACGGUUGAUUGCAAUGACCUUCGUUUAACAAAAAUCCCCAGCAAUCUUUCCAGUGACACUCAAGUUCUCCUCUUGCAAAGUAACAACAUUGCAAAGACUACAGAUGAACUCCAACAGCUUUUCAAUUUAACAGAAUUAGAUUUUUCACAGAAUAAUUUUACUAGCAUUAAAGAUGUGGGGCUCGCAAAUCUCUCUCAACUCACUACAUUACAUCUGGAGGAAAACCAGAUAACAGAGAUGACUGACUACUGCUUGCAGGACCUGUGUAAUCUUCAGGAACUAUAUAUAAAUCACAACCAGAUUAGUAGCAUUUCUGCAAAUGCAUUUUCUGGCCUGAAGAAUCUUUUAAGAUUGCAUCUUAAUUCCAACAAAUUAAAGGUUAUUGAUAGUCGCUGGUUUGAUUCUACUCCUAAUUUGGAAAUUCUGAUGAUUGGUGAAAAUCCAGUGAUUGGAAUACUAGACAUGAAUUUCAAGCCACUGUCAAAUUUAAGAAGUCUAGUUUUGGCAGGCAUGUACCUCACCGAUAUCCCUGGAAAUGCAUUAGUUGGGUUGGAUAGUCUUGAAAGUCUUUCCUUUUAUGAUAAUAAAUUGGUCAAAGUUCCUCAACUUGCACUUGAGAAAGUACCAAAUUUAAAAUUCCUGGAUCUUAACAAAAAUCCGAUUCACAAAAUACAGGAAGGUGACUUUAAAAAUAUGCUCCGAUUAAAGGAACUUGGAAUAAAUAAUAUGGGAGAACUAGUUUCUGUUGAUAGAUAUGCACUAGAUAACCUUCCUGAACUUACAAAGCUUGAAGCCACCAACAACCCAAAGUUGUCUUACAUCCAUCGUUUAGCAUUUCGUAACGUUCCUGCACUGGAAAGCCUGAUGCUCAACAACAAUGCCUUGAAUGCAGUCUACCAAAAGACAGUGGAAUCCCUUCCAAACCUACGUGAGAUCAGUAUCCACAGUAAUCCACUCAGGUGCGACUGCGUCAUUCACUGGAUAAACUCAAAUAAAACCAAUAUCCGUUUCAUGGAGCCUCUGUCCAUGUUUUGUGCUAUGCCACCCGAAUACAGAGGCCAACAGGUGAAAGAAGUGUUAAUACAAGAUUCAAGUGAACAGUGUCUUCCAAUGAUUUCUCAUGAGACUUUUCCAAAUCAUUUGAAUUUGGAUAUAGGCAUGACAGUAUUUUUAGACUGCCGGGCCAUGGCAGAACCAGAACCGGAAAUUUAUUGGGUAACUCCACUGGGAAAUAAAAUAACAGUUGAAAGUCUCUCGGACAAAUACAAGUUAAGUAGUGAAGGUACCCUGGAAAUCUCUAAUAUUCAGAUUGAAGACUCUGGGAGAUAUACGUGUGUGGCUCAGAACGUAGAAGGGGCCGAUACGAGAGUAGCUACUAUACGAGUGAAUGGAACGCUUUUGGAUGGUACUCAGGUUCUGAAAAUAUAUGUCAAGCAAGCAGAAUCUCAUUCAAUCUUAGUUUCUUGGAAAGUUAAUUCUAAUGUCAUGACCUCUAAUCUAAAAUGGUCAUCAGCCACUAUGAAGAUUGAUAACCCUCACAUUACGUAUACUGCUAGGGUCCCAGUUGAUGUGCACGAAUAUAACCUCACUCACUUGCAGCCAUCCACAGAUUAUGAAGUGUGCCUAACUGUGUCAAACAUCCAUCAGCAAACACAAAAGUCUUGUGUUAACGUUACGACAAAAACCGCAGCUUUUGCGCUUGACAUUUCCGACCAAGAAACCAGCACUGCCCUUGCAGCAGUAAUGGGAUCAAUGUUUGCCGUAAUCAGCCUUGCCUCCAUCUCUGUUUAUAUUGCUAAAAGAUUUAAGAGAAAAAACUACCACCAUUCAUUGAAAAAGUAUAUGCAAAAGACAUCUUCGAUCCCACUGAACGAGCUGUAUCCUCCACUUAUUAAUCUCUGGGAAGGUGACAGUGAAAAAGACAAAGAUGGCUCUGCAGAAACCAAGCCAACUCAAGUCGACACAUCCAGAAGCUAUUACAUGUGGUAACUCAGAGGAUAUUUUGCUUCUGGUAGUAAGGAGCACAAAGACUUUUUUGCUUAUUCUGCAAAAGUGAAAAGUUGAAGACUUUUAUAUUUCUGACUUUGCUAGUUUGUGGCAGAGUGGCGAGGACAGGUGGAUAUUUCAGAAUUUUUUAGUAUAGCGUAUCGCAAUUGUUUGACACAAAUGGCGGCUUCACCUAGCUUCCAGUUUUUUUUUAUUUUUUUAUUUAGUUUCUGUGCUAAAGUUAAUACUGUUCUAACUACAGUGCUGAAAAAAAAUUAAUGACAGGCUGGGGUUUCCCUGCGAGUCACAAGUAGCAAGACCCCAUUUUUUCUGAAGCCAUCAGUAGAGAGUACAGUAUCCUGCAAAAGCUAACAUACAGUUUUGAAACUGCAUUGAAAUAGUUUUGUAACACUCUGGUCUAAAGACUCUUUAACUGAGAAACAAAGACUAGAUCUUGAAUGAUGUUAGUUGACUGUACUGUAAUGUUGUAUCAACUGAUUUGAAUGUUUUUGAACAAUGACUUUUCUUUCCUUUCUUCUUUUUGUAAUAGUUUAAAAGGCUUAGGUAAAGCUAACGGGCAAUAGAAAAACGUACAUCCAGUUUUUUAAAUGUAACAGACUAAAUGUUAAUUGUUAUCUUAUUCUUUUUAUUAUAUUUAGUAGACUAUUUUAAAGAUUACUAGAGUUUUGUUGUGCUUAAUCCACCAACACAUGGUGUAUAAUGAAGGCAGAACUAUAAUAAAUUACAGUUUUGUUCUGAUUUUUUUUUUUUUAGAACGGUCACAAUAACGUAUCAUUUUUAGUUGUCGCUAGUUUGGCUGGUGAACAUAUUUAGACAUGAAAUAUAUCCAAACUGCUAUAUAAAAUGUGUGGAUUUUUAUAAAGCCAGUUCUCAACAGAUUUCCUUUUUUUUUUUUUUUUUUCUUCUAAAGAAGUAUCUCUUUUUAAUUGGGAUGUUUUUGCUGGGUUUCUAUAUUAAAAACAAAAUAUUGAAGAGAACGUAAUCAGAAAGAUAUUGUGGUGUAAGACUUUGUUGCUGUUUCACAUGCAAAAUUAAAACUUUGAUAUAAUGAGGUACAUGGCAAGAAACUAUACUGAACAUGAUAUGUUUUCCCUUUUUAGUUGGUAUUGAAAGCUAAGAGAUGCAUGAGGAAUCAGAACUCUGGGUAGAGGGGAAAUCUUUUAUUAAACCAAGUAGAUACAUGCAAAAAAAUAUACACCUGAAGCAUUUUGCUGCCACUCUGACAGAAAGAACUGUUUCUCAGAUCACCAAGUUGAAUUAUAAUGGUUGAAUCCAUACACAUAUUUUACCGUUAAAAAGAUCCAUUUUUAUUUGGAUUACGGUCUUUUCACAUAGUAAUUAUGGUAUGUAAAACUGAUGCAUUAACUGAUGUAAAAUGUGUCCAACAAUCAAUAUUGGUCUUUUAUAGACUUUCAAAUAAUCUGUAGCUCAAACUGUAUUACUAAAAAUAAUAGAGGGUAGAUUAAUGUGGUACAAAAUUAACACAGUGGUUAAAUUUUAUUAACAACUGACAACUGGGUUUUCAGAAGCAAUCUGUUUUGGCUCCUAGCAAAGUCCUUGACACAAGGACAGUGCAUUGAGGUCACCAAAGGGAUAGGUUUCUGAUGCAACAUCUGUUAUUGUCAUGCCAGAUGCCAAAGGAGCAAGUGCAGAAUUCUCUAAGUAAUUUUCUACGUUUCCUCUUCUCCUGCUUACCCCGGUGUAAUAAAGUGCUGACUUUGCAAUUGCCAUGUGGCGUGUGCAAAUUAGGAACAUGUUUCCAUAUCAAGUAACUAUUUUUGAGUUACUAGUGAGCAAAAAUAAAUCGUCUUUAUGUUU